CCACAUCAAAUACAUGCAAGACGCUACGCCAAUUUUAAAUAGUUUCAUUUCUUCGUCUUGUGUGCAUGGUUUAUCAUUCCAUUUCUACACAAUGUGUUCCCGAAAAUGCUGGGAAAGAUUCUGCUUCUUUAUGAUUUUUGGUCUAUACCUGGUCCUGGUAUUGCAUAUGCGUUUCGAAUAUGAAAGUUUGCAAAUGAAGCAAGGGAGAAAAGACCUUCAUUAUUGGUUUUACGACCAGCCGUACGUACCGCCCAGUCAGGCACCACCAACAAAGAACCCGGAACUCGAGCAAUACUACAAGGUAUUAGCGUUUUAUAAAAGACAAGGUACAGGGAAGAGAAGGAACCUUAACACGAAUUAUAUAAGACCCGGACGUAUGCCUCAACCUGCUCGUCAUUUGGAGCCCGCUAUUAGAAUGCAGUACAUGGCUGCAAAUACUGAAUGGCCGGUUUACGGUGAAGGACAUAAAAUGCAGAAACCAAAUUACAUUUGGACCAGUAUAUUCGUAUUAAUUGCCAAUCUGCCUCGACUUGGAGUGUUCAAUGAUAUAUACGCAUGAUCACGAAAACUUUAGUGGCAAGAUUAAAGUGAAAUAAAUUUGCGGUAAAAAUAUAA